AUGGGUUACUGCGAAGCACUAAAGAAUACCCAAGGUUUCACUUUAUUCCAUCUCGAGAAGGAUCCAAGAUCAACGGUGAGGGUUAGUCUAACUGACAAGGAUGUGACAGAGAUCUGCGUCUUAUUCAAGGCAUGGACAGCUUCGUCAAGUGGAGAUAAGGAACCUGAAUUUGGUAUUGGUAUUGCCAUGCUUGUGUGUUGUAUUCUCCCACCGAUACAAAUAGUGAACAAUGGAGAUAGUUGCAUAUGCACUGACGACAAUACUGGGAAUAUAGAAAUUUGCAGCAAGUUGAUUUACCUAGGAGAGCCUGGGGACAAGGCAAUUAUUCGUGAAUUUUUCGAAUUUGGCGUUGUUUCCUGGUUGGAUCCUGUGAGUGUUGCUUACUGCGGUGGUUACUUUGUGGCAACCUUGUCGAGCCUCCAGUUUGGAAAGUACUAAGCAUGAUGUACUCGUAUUCGUAUCAUCUUUAUGUGUAUAUAUUCCAUUAUGUGUUACGUUAUGUUAGGAAAAAACUCAAAUCUCAGCAUGAUAAGCUCAACACAGACUUUACUUUUUACUUAAAGAGUUGUUUAUGAAAUUA